AUGACUAUUAUUGUUAAUUUAGAAAAUGCACUUGAAACAUGGUAUUGGACUCGUUUAUAUCAUUUUGUUUUAUCGGGUACAAUAGUUGUACAUUUUCUAUUUCAUUUUGCAUUAUAUUCACACAAGCUGUUUUAUCAAUAUGAACAUUAUGGUGAAACAAUUAAUUAUGCAUCAUUUCUUAAUAAUUUACUUUAUCAAUCAUUGGUAUCAUUUCAUAAAUUUAUUUAUAAUAAACUAUCAUUAUUGAAAAAAUAUCCAUAUUUACCAUCAUCAUGUAUAAGUAUAAUUGAUUCACAUAAUAUAACAAUACAAAAAAAUUUAUUUGAAAAUAGUCAUUAUGAUUAUGAAUUAAUAAGUGCAUUAUUAACUGAGACAAUUAAUACGACAUUAUAUGUAACUAUUAAAUGGUAG